CUCCGCAGUAGUCGCUACAGGCGAUACGCCAUUGGUCGAUAGACUUGGUCGGACUACAGGUUGGAUGCCGUACUUGAAAACAAUUUCGUGUUAAGCUGUGACUUUCGUGAUUCAUGUUUAUGGUCGGUGCUCAAUUAAUAAACAAUAUUUACAGUUUUAAAGUAAUCUCCGAUGUAAAUAGCAGGUGUUCGUCAUGACACUCGAAGAUCCUUUUUUUGUCGUGAAGGAUGAGGUGGUGAAAGCUGUGACUAUUACAAAAGGAUUAUACCAAAGAUGGUGCGAAUUACAAGAUUUAGAAAUGUCCAAGGAAGAGAAAGAGUGGACUACCACUGAAUUACGUAAUAGUCUAAGAAGUAUUGAGUGGGAUUUAGAUGAUUUAGAAGAAACUAUUGGGAUUGUUGAAAAAAAUCCAAAAAAAUUUAAAAUUGAUGAUACAGAAAUUAAAAAUCGAAGGAGUUUUAUUAAUCAAGCAAGGGAGGAAGUAAAAUGUAUGAAAGAUGCUGUAACUGAGAGUAAAACCAAAGACAAGAAGUUAAGACAGAGUAUUCUUUCUUCAAGUUUGGGAAAUACCAAAUAUAUCAGACUUCAANAAAAAUUAUUUUGUUUAAUGCUCUAUUUUGUUUUUUGUAAAUCAGUUUACAUUCCACCGAUAGGGAAGUUUAAGUGUAUGAAAGAUGCUGUAACUGAGAGUAAAACCAAAGACAAGAAGUUAAGACAGAGUAUUCUUUCUUCAAGUUUGGGAAAUACCAAAUAUAUCAGACUUCAAAAUGAAAUUGAAAGUCCAACAAGACAUUUUAUACAAGAUAAUCAGGUAAUAAUUAGCCCACAGGAAGAAGAUUUAGGUCAAAUAAAGAAUUCAAUUGGAAAUUUAAAAACAAUUUCACAGCAGAUGAAUCGAGAUAAUGAUGAGCAAGCUGUAAUGUUGGAUGAUAUGAGUAAUGAAAUGGAUGAUAAUGAAACUAGAAUAGAAGGUGCUGUGAAGAAAUUAACCAAAGCAUUACAUUUAUCAAAUGACAGAAAACAAUGGGCAGCUAUUGGUGUUCUCUCAGGAGUUAUGGUUGUAGUAGUGGUUCUUUUCUUUAUGUUCUAGCCAGAUGGAAGAAUUAAAUCAUUUUAAACAUAUUAACUGCAAAUCUAUCCAUGAAUAUUUAGAAUGAACAAACUUUUGCAUUGUGAGUUUAGAAUUUAUGAAGACAGAGUGAAUUAGAAAUCUAAUUUUACAAUCACAAAUCUGUCCAUUCAUCUGCUCGGUCUCUCUCAGUGAUACGCUAACAAACUCUUGAACACGAGCUCACUUAACGUUCAUUCUUCUUAUCUUAAAUAGUCGGAGACACCGUCGAGUGAAUAUAGCAACACAAAAAUGACGAAUGCUAAGUGAAAAGAAUCCCCUCCAAUUAUGGAUAACAAGUGGAAAACUAUAAUUGCCAUACAGAUGAAAAAUUAUUUUGUUUAAUGCUGUGAUUUCUAUAAGAGAGACUAUUUGCCAUUUAGAUAUGCCAAUAGAUUAUAUAUUGUUUUUAUUAUUUGCUGAUUUAUAUAUCUUUAUAAUAAUUUUAUAACUAAUUAAGCAGCUUUAUAUAUUAAUCUAGAUUCUACGGUUAAAAUAUAUUUCGAGAGAUCAUAUAUUAUCCAGUUAUGGAUAGCAGACUAUCACAGUAACAUUUUCAAAUUUUAAAUAAUAACUUGCACAAUUUUAUGGAGUCAAAUUGAUUUUAUAUAUUAUUAUUAUUAUUUAAAGUAUUUCAGCCAGAUUUUACUUGCAGAAUUUUUCAAAUAGGUUCGAUAUAAGGAAAUUACUUUGAAAACUUCCAAAAUGAUAUUUUAUUCAGUGCAGGUCUCGUAAUACUUUUUCCUUGUUUGUCUUGUUGAUUCAUUCUUUUAAGUUCUUGGUGUAAAGUCAGGGUUUUUUCCCUUCAUCUCUUAAACACUUAAUAUUAGAAUAAUAAUUUAAGUAUUUAAAAAAAUUUAUAAAUUAAUCAUUAAUCAGUUUAAAUGACAUAUCAAGAAUGAGAUACACUAAAAUUUUAAUCUAGUAAAUAACACUAACACUUUUUAGUGCAAUGAUUACUCCUAAAAUUGCUAAUUAAAAAAUUGAUUUUACAAAUAUAUUAAUCAUUUUCUUUUUGCUUGUCACACUUCACGUCCUUUUUAAACAAUAAAAAUGUGUGUUUACCGUAUUAUUUUUUUUUUAUAUUUAAAAUUGCAGCUAUUUUGUUUUUUGUAAAUCAGUUUACAUUCCACCGAUAGGGAAGUUUAAGGUAGUAGUUUGUAGUUUUUUUAAGUUAUGUAAGACUUUCCUUCUCCUAUAGUUUUUUCAUUUCUCUGUAAUUCCACUUUAAAUUUACAAUUGUAUUUUCCUUCAAAAUAACGAUUUUUUAAUUGGAAUUCUUUUAACCAAACUAAAGUAGAUUUACACCACUAAAUCAAAUCAGUAUUAUAAUUUAACUCUAGAUCGCAUCCGUACGAUCUGAUCACUGUAAUCACACAUAUCAAGUGAUUAAUUCUGUAUAUAAAUUUUAAAAGAAUUCUUCAAAAUUCAUUAAAAAUAUAUAUAUAAAUAUAUAUACUUAUAUGUGUAAUUAGCUUUAUCAUAAAAUUCGAUCAUUACUUUUCUAACGACCAUUUAGUUGUAAAAUUUCCUCUUAAAUAAGGUAAAAAUGUGUUCUAACACUUCAAUCUUUUGCCUAUAUUUUUUUUUAUUAACUCCAUUUUACAGUAAAACGCUCAGAUUCCAUAUCAUUCUUACAUGCCACGUCAGUCAGUCUGUCCGUUUAGAGCCGACGCAUCAGUACAAAGAAUAAAUAUAUUUUAAUCGGAAGUACCUUUCUGUAAAAGAAUUUUUAUAGUCAAAAGACAAAAAAAAACAGACUUUUUGGAAUACCUGAACGUAUGUAAUUUAGUUUGUUUUUCCAUAUAUAUUUUAAAUAUCUAGUCAGCAUUGUACAGCUGUUCUAAUCAGGAAGAAAUUUAUUUUGAGAUCGAAAUUAUCGCCUCCGCUUUCAAACAAUAAAGUAUGUAUAUAUACACGUAUUAAAGAAUAGCUUCUUAGGAUAAUUAUAGGAAAAUCCAAUUGUUUCGAGUUAAAAAAAAAAUGUUAAACAGAAACAUCAUUCCAAUUAUUUUUUACAUUUUACAAGGGCCAAAAUUGUAAAUUGUAAUUUUAAAAUUAAAAUUUUUUUUCUUUUGUUAUUAUAUAUUAUAAAUAUUUAACUAGGAAAGGAGAGUUUUAGAAAUAUAUUUUGCUGGGAAUGAAUUGUUUGGUCGGUCGAACGAGAAAUUUCUUCCUAAUUUUGACGAUUAUAACUAAGGUUUAAAUAUAUUUUAUCUGCCUUGUUUAUUUUGUAAAGAGAAAUGAGAAACUAUUUAAUUAUUAUUAUUAAAUCGACAGUUUAUAUAAUCCAGACGAAUUGAAUUUCGGGUGUAAAUUUUUGAAUUAUUUUUAAGAAUUUACUUUGAUGUAGAUUGUUUACGAUCGGAAACAUUGUUAGAAAUCUUUUAGGAAUGUAUUUUUGCAGUGAUAUUGAUUGAAGUGCUGUAUAUAUAUGCUGUUGUGGUAUAUUUUAAUAUAACUGUUAAAAUGCAGCAAAUUAUAAGUAUUAAAAUUGUUUUCUUUAAA